AUGACAUUCAAAAGCGUCUUGCCCCCGUCGGCCGAGCGACCAAAAUCACAGUCACGAUGGCCAAGUGCGAGCAGGCAGUUCGCCUAUGCUCUCCGAGAAAACUUCUCGCUCUCAACUUGGCUCCUUUUGGGCGCUCUUCUCCAGUCCAUUGUCGUCUUUAUUGUUCCUCGACUGUAUGCCACCAUUCCGUUGAUCCUCAUGCUCGGUGCACGGGUGUUCGAUGCAAUGGCUGUCACUUGGGGCUGGAAGAAGAACCCCAUGCUCGAAGGAGCCUUGUUGCACCGAGUCUCCCCACAAAUCCCCGACGAGGACGGCAACUUCCAUGAGGACGCAGCAGAGGAAAAGGUUGUGGUUUUCCUUCUGGGUGCCAAAGCCAAUCAUCCUCUAGGCAUCUUCUCUCCCAACAUGAAUACUAUCAGCGGCUUUUUGACCGGCAUGAUCUCGAAUUUGGACGAUACGGCCAUCGAGAAUGGAUUCUAUGGAGGUUCAAACUGGACCAACCAGGACAAGAAUGGCGCCACCGAGUUCCUCUUCCUGAGCUACUGGCGGUCCACCGAAGACAUCCACAAGUAUGCGUACAGUCCUCUGCACCGCGAGGCCUGGGACUGGUGGAACAAGACGAUCAAGCAAAACGACCACAUCGGCAUCAACCAUGAGAUUUUCGAGGUGGAUCGCAAGCAUUGGGAGGCCAUCUACGUCAACUUCCAACCCACUCUCCUCGGUGCAACCACGUACUUGCGAAAGGGUGACAAGAUGAUGGGUGGGACAGUCGACGAUCAGUGGAUUUCUCCCUUGUUGGAUGCUCGGAGAGGCAAGCUGAGGAGCAGUGCUGGACGAUUGGGCCGCGACCCGGGACAGCUGUACGACAAAUAUGAGCUGGCGCCCGGUGCUACGCGCGAAGAAGACUGA